AUGCCUUUGUCUGUUUCUAACAACUUAGGCUUAGGAGAGGCUAGACCCACCACAGUCACACUCCAGUUAGCAAAUAAGUCCAUUGCAUACCCUAAGGGAAAGAUAGAAGAUGUGUUGGUACAGGUUGAUAAGUUCAUAUUUCCAACAUAUUUUAUCAUAUUAGACUUUGAGGCUAAUAAGGACAUUCCGAUUAUUUUAGGGAGACCUUUCUUAGCCACCGGAAGAACUUUGAUAGAUGUCCAGAAAGGAGAGUUGACCAUGAGGCUUCAAGACCAAAAGGUCAGAUUUAAUGUCUUCAACUCCUUAAAAUAUCCUGAUUAUCUGGAAGAGUGUUCAGGCAUAGCUGAAAUAGAAGAAGAGGUUGUUGUGAAAGGAAUUCAGGAAAACCUUAAGUUGGAAGAAGAGAGUGUAGAGGAAUUAGAAGAAGAGAUUGUUGAGGAAAUAGAGGCAAUAGGAAAUGAUAAUGUGCCAGUAGAGGUGUUAGCCUAUGAACUUUUGGAAAAUAAUGAGCAAAAAGACUUCACCUCGUCCAUAGUAUCACCACCAGACCUGGAGUUAAAGCAACUCCCAUCCCAUCUAAAAUAUGCCUUUCUAGGAGAAGAAGGAAAAUUGCCUGUCAUUAUUUCAUCUACCCUAGACUUGCAUCGAGAGAAGAAACUUGUGGAUAUGUUGAAAAUGCACAAAAAGGCUUUAGGAUAG